AACAACCAACAAUCAACAAUCAACAACCAACAAUCAAACCAAGUCCGAUACAUGAACAACCAAGAUCACCAACCACCCUUCAACCUCGCACUCGGCAUCUCGAUCGGACUACUAGCCUCAUUCAUCCAAUCACUCGGACUCACCAUCCAACGCAAGUCUCAUCUACAAAACGAUCGACUACCUCCUUCUAGCAGGAAACCCGACUAUGCUAGACCAGUCUGGCUCAUCGGCUUCACCAUCUACUUCUCAUUCAACAUCCUUGGGUCCAUCUUCCAAAUCGGAACACUACCCCUCAUCAUCCUCGGCCCACUCGGUGCCAUCUCACUACUCUGGAAUGCCAUCCUAGCCAGACUACUGCUUGCCGACCGAUUCUCUCUCCAUCUGAUCUUCGGCACUAUCCUCAUCGGACUAGGCGCACUACUCAUCGGGCUCUACGGACUCCUGCCAGACCAAUCGGCCAGCCACGACCUCGACCAACUCAUCUAUCUCUACUCUCGUACCCCAUUCUUGGUCGAAAUCAUCAUCCUCAUCCUCACCUUCUCCAUCAUCUGCUCAUUCGCCCAUCUCUACGAGUUUCGUCUCAACCAAUCACUCGAAACGAUCUCGCUCCUCACCAUCUCGCCCACUCCAACUCCACCCGACCCAUCAAACCUCAACCUCAAUAACAGGCUCCCCAAUCAAACUAAUGAUCCACCUCACUCGAGGCAUUCACUCAAUCUAAUCCCAUCUCAAUCUAUCACCUCACAUGGCUCACUGAGAAAGAAGAAGAUUCAUCAUCAUCAUCAUCAUCAUUAUCCGGCCUAUCGACCACGCUCACUCAGUAGCCCUACUCAUCAAAAUCAUCCCCUCUCUCUAUCAUUUCCUCACCAACCUAUCGAUAUCAUCGAUUCACAUAUCCCACUCACCCCACCCUUCAGCAAAAAGCGGCACCAGCGCCCCUCACGCCCCUCACGUACUCUCAAACGUGCCAAUUCGACUUACUCAUCCGGCCCAGUCCAGCUGUCCAUCGACAAGGAUGAGACUGGGGGCUGUCAGGGUCUACUUUCAAGCCAAAAGAUCGACAAACUGAAACUGCUCAUCGGCAUCGCCUACGGAUCUACCUCAGGCACACUCUCAGGGAUCUGUCUCUUGUUCGCAAAGACGGGGGUUGAACUGCUGAUCAGAAGUCUGACCGGAGCGGUGAACGAAUUCUACAAGUUCCAAACCUGGCUCAUCCUCCUCGUCCUCCUCAUCUCAGCCCUCCUUCAACUCUGGUACCUCAACAAAGCCCUAAGACUCGUCAAUCCCACCCUGAUCUGUCCUCUGGCCUUCUGUUUCUACAAUCUAUCAAGCAUCAUCAGCAGUCUGGUUUACUACGACCAAGUCAAACUCUUGAGUGCCUUCCAAAUCUUUGCCAUCUCGCUCGGUACGAUCAUCCUAUUAGGAGGGGUAUGGGUAGUCAGCAUUGGAACAAACAAGACCAGCUCAAAGCAUACCUCAGAAGAAGAGGAGGGUUUGGAGGAGGAUGGGCGAUCGAGUCAUGGUUCGGUUGUGGACGAGGACGAAGUGACGCCCUUGUUGCCUUCCUCAUCGAGGAUAGGAGGGAUGGAUGACGAUGGCGACGGAGAGGAGCCAAUAGUCUGUACGGAAGAUCCGGAGGGGAUCGAUGAUUCCUUCGACUCUCCCGACCGCGCUGCCCACUCUUACUCCCACAGAAACGCGCUCCUCCAGUCCUCCUCAGGCUCUUCCUCCCCCAUCAAUCCUCGCAGAUCCUCUCAUCCUUUCGACACUCUCAUUCGUCAGUUCCUAGUCGAAGGCGAAGUGACUCCUGUUAGAGGCUUCAGUAUCGGCUUGGGCGCCGCCUCUCCCGGUUUUGCUAUUCGGCCCAAAAAACGUCGGAAGAAUACCGAAAACGUGGGGAGAUCUAGUCUCACUGAUUGGAGAUCUAACGAUCAUUUAGAUGAUUGUCAACAAUACCAACAGCAGCAGCAACAACAACAACGACAACAUCAAAAUCAAAAUGAGCACCAGCAGUAUGAAUCCCAAGACCAACAGCAGCAAGAGGACCAUCUACCACAAGUACAACAACAGCCUCCGCGUCUAAGUAUUGGCACAGACACUAACCGGCUCAUCACCCCUGACACUUGCCAGCCUUUUUCCUCCUCUGCCUCUUCCUGCUCAUCUUAAAAUCCAAGCAACCCUCCUUUGUCCCACCUAAUCCUGCUUCAAAUCUCCAUCCCCCCUUUCUCUUGUCACAGAGAACCAGGAAGAGUGUGUGGGCGUGUAUAGAAGUGUGUUCAUUGCCAGACAAAAAAAGAAGAGUUGGCUUAAUAUCUCAGAUCUUCUUAGUGUUGUUGUUAAUUAUUACUCCUUAGACUUUCCUUUCUUUGUGUUGGUUUAUGUUGUUUUUUUUUUCUUUUGCUCUCUGUUGUGUUUGAGUAUAAGGUUUAUAUAAAUAAAUGAACUUGAGUGUUGUUAUUUUUAGGGCCUUGAUAAAAAAAUGUGGGUUUUCGGUGUUUAGACACGGUUUCUGCUGCGCGCAGCAGACACGGUUUCCGCGUUUGGACGUGUUUUUUUAAUUAAUUUUUUUUGCCAUUAAUUUUGGGCCUUGAUAAAAAAACCCGC